AUGGCUUCUAACCAGUUCGACUCGCAGGCUUCCACCAACUACAAGGAGGCUUUUGCCCUUUUCGACAAGCGCGGCAACGGCCGCUGCACCGUCGACUCCCUUGGCGACCUGCUGCGCGCCUGCGGCCAGAACCCGACUCUUUCGGAGAUCGACGACCUACAAAAGGGCCUUGGCCCCGAGUUCGACUUCGAGUCCUUCCAGCGCGUCCUCAACCGCCCUGGCGGCUUCCGCGACCCUGGCGAGCCGGAGGAGUACUGCCGUGGCUUCCAGGUCUUUGACAAGGACAUGACGGGCUUCAUCGGCGUUGGCCAGCUCAAGUACAUCCUGACGAACCUGGGCGAGAAGAUGACCGAGGAUGAGGUUGACGAGCUGCUCAAGGCCGUCGAUACCAGCUCUGGCCAAGUCAACUAUACCGAUCUCGUCCGCACGAUCCUUGCCAACUAA